GGUAAAAGCUUUAAAGCAAAGGCACACGCGGCCAUCUUUCUACGCUGUCGCUAACAUAAACAACUGUUUAAAGGUUUGUUCAACCCUUAACCGGCAUGUGUGCUUGCAGUGCAGUACAGUUACGUAUACGUCCGCCCUGGAAGUUGCAUAAAUACCGUAAUGCACUGGUAAAAUACCUCCAGGACUAGCUAGCUAACCACAAAGCUGUAUGGACUUGUGGUACUAUGCCGAACACCAUUUCCACAUCUGAAAACGUAGCUAGCUAGUUCAUACGUAAACAGUAAUUUGUCAGUAUUAAACGUUAGCUAUAAAAUAAUCACAAAGUUAACGUUAUGGUGUUAAAUUCGACUUACAAUACUGCCAAUUAAUCAUGUUAAAACGGUUAAAAUAAACAUUUAGCCCAUAGACUGUAAACAAUAGAUUUAGCCUAACGUUAGUUAUCUUUGUCUCGCGCACUUUCUUCAAGAUGUCAUCUGGCUCAAAGACGCUAACAAGAAACCCAAAUUAAUCGUUGAAAACUAUGAAAAAACAUCGCUUGACAUUUAAAAUGCAUGCCGAAUGUGAGCCUGUAUCCAAGUAAUGCUUGCUGUACCUUUAAUCAUAUUGAAGCACGUGUUUCUACUUGCUAGUAACAAAGACAACCUAAAAUCAUAUGAUUUGUCUAUUAAAUGUUGCAUUGCUUUAUUCUUGAGGCCUGAUUAGUUCCAGGUUCUUUAAUUUCCCCCAGUUAAAUCCAAUCUUUUUUUUAAUUGUUAUUCGUAUUUUUGUUAACAAACCUAUUUGAAGAAAAACAUAAGGAUGUUUUACAGUGUAAUAAAUACAAAAAGGAUAUCACCUACCGUAAAAGAUUCGAAGCUUUACGGUAGACGGAGGCGGGACUAAACUUUAACCAGGAAGUUUACAACACCGCUCCAUGUUUACACAUGUUUGUGCGUUCACGUGGAGUAGAUUUUUACUAUUAAAAUGUCUUCAAAGAAAAAUAAAAGCAAAUCGAAAAGAGCGAGUGAAAGUGACAGUUCGCUCUUAUCGAAGGAGGGCUCAAAUGACUCCUCCAACCUGCAGACACCGGGCCACGAAGGAGGAAGCUGCAAAAGUUUAAACAUCAACUCGUUCACUGUGAUCGAUUUCAUUGAAAAAGCGGAUGACAAAACACCCAAAAGUUGCAGAUCAACUUUAGUCCAACUGAGCCUCAAUUCCAUGAAGUCAGCCAGCGUUUGCAUCGGGCGACCAGUCCUGCUGACGAGUCCCACAGGACAACAAGAGGUGUGCUUAGGUUGGCCGGUUGCCUCCUUUCCUGGCGGAAAAGUUGGUCUUCAGAAAUGUGCUCAGAAUAACCUCAGAGUGAAGUCAGGGGACGAGGUGAUGCUGCACCCACUAACAGGUCCGGUGCUUCAGGCUGAGGAGGUGGUCCUCUCUAACCGGUCAAAAGAUGACACGCUAGAGACAGAUGAGUUCAAGAACUUCUUUCUGAGGUCCCUGGUUGGGUCCAUCAUUUUGCCUGGGAAUGUCAUCCCCCUGACCUACUUUGGCCGGUCAUGCAGUCUACGGGUCGAUACCAUACGAGGGGAGGACGGAGUCACCCUCCACAGACCAGCUCCUCCCCCAGGACAGAGCCCUGACACGGACGAGUCCUGCGUGAUGACCUCCGCGCUGGACUCCACGUCGGCCGACCUCUCCCUGCAGCUCAGCUUGCUCACCGUGGAUGACAACAGCGCUGACGGGCCACCAAGCACGCCCGGAGAGCCGGGUCCUGCAGCCAGCACCCCGCGCCGACCAGCCCACCUUCCUUCUCUCUCCUCACCCUCUGCUCCUUGCACCCCAUCCUGCAACUCCCAGAAUCCUCCUACAGAGACAGCAGAGGAUGCCGUCAGUCUGGAAGGCUCCCUAAGCUCAGAGCAGGCAGAUAAAACCCCCACAGCUCCCCCUGGUGGAGCACUGAGUACUGACACCUUCUACUGCCUGUCCUCCUCCACUAAAGUCGUUUUCCGAGUCAGAGCAGGGCAGGAGGAUGCAGAUGCAGAAGCCAAAAGGUCAAAGGUCAAAUACAGCAUGAUUGGCGGGCUCAGCAGCCAGUUGGAUGUCAUCAGAGAGACCAUAGAGCUUCCUCUGAAACACCCAGAGUUGUUCUCCAACUAUGGGAUUCCACCUCCGCGAGGGGUGCUUCUGUAUGGUCCCCCGGGCACAGGAAAGACUAUGAUUGGCCGAGCCAUAGCCAAUGAGGUUGGAGCUCACAUGACGGUGAUCAACGGCCCCGAGAUCAUGAGCAAAUUCUACGGGGAAACAGAAGCGAGGCUGAGGCAGAUAUUUACUGAAGCGUCUAAGAGACAACCUGCGAUAAUCUUUAUUGAUGAGCUGGACGCUUUGUGCCCAAAGCGAGAGGGAGCGCAGAAUGAGGUGGAGAAACGAGUCGUUGCUUCUCUUCUGACUCUGAUGGAUGGGAUUGGUUCAGAGGGUCACUCAGGUCAGCUGUUGGUCCUGGGAGCCACAAACCGGCCCCAUGCCCUCGACCCGGCCUUGCGCCGACCAGGGCGCUUUGACAAGGAGCUGGAGGUGGGAGUUCCUAGUGCUGCAGAGCGCGCAGAUAUUUUGCAAAAGCAGCUGAACUUUUUACCGUGCACAGCCACCACCGAGGAGGUGACGCAGCUGGCCGACGCCGCUCAUGGAUACGUAGGAGCAGACCUCGCAGCUGUUUGCAAGGAAGCAGGUUUGCAUGCACUGAGGCGAGCUCUAGGAGGGUCUCCCCAACCAUCAGACCAGCAGCUGAUGGGGACGGUGACCGUCACUCGGCAGGACCUCCAGUGGGCCAUGUCUGUUGUGAAGCCAAGUGCCAUGAGGGAGGUUGCUAUCGACGUCCCAAAGGUCCGCUGGUCAGAUGUAGGCGGGAUGGAGGAGGUGAAGCUAAAACUGAAGCAGGCCGUGGAGUGGCCUCUGAGGCACCCUGAGGCCUUCAUCCGCAUGGGGAUCCAGCCACCUAAAGGCGUCCUGCUGUAUGGGCCCCCAGGCUGCUCCAAGACCAUGAUAGCCAAGGCCCUGGCUAAUGAAAGUGGGCUCAACUUCCUGGCUAUUAAAGGUCCAGAAUUACUGAGCAAGUAUGUUGGAGAGUCUGAGAGAGCUGUGAGAGAGGUGUUUAGGAAGGCAAGGGCCGUCGCUCCCUCCAUCGUCUUCUUUGAUGAGAUCGACGCUCUGGCCAGUGAAAGAGGAAGCUCGUCGGGCUCCAGUGGUGUAGGCGACCGGGUCCUGGCUCAGCUCCUGACAGAGAUGGACGGCAUCGAGCAGCUCCGAGACGUCACUGUGCUGGCCGCCACCAACCGGCCUGACAUGAUCGAUAAGGCUCUAAUGCGUCCAGGUCGCCUUGACCGAAUCGUCUAUGUGCCUCUUCCAGAUGCUCCGACCAGACAAGAGAUAUUUUCUCUCCAGUUCCGCAACAUGCCUGUGGCCCAAAAUGUGUGUCUUAAUGACCUGGUGACUCAGACCAACAAGUAUUCUGGAGCAGAGGUUUAAUAAUCCAAUGCAAAGGGCGCCCGACCCAAGGAUUCAAACUGGCAACACUGCAUUUACAAGCCUACAUCUUUACCUUCUGAAUGCUUCUGCACCCUAAAUAAGGAACUACAUUGCGUUGAGAUGCUACUGCGCUUUUCCAUGAGGUCUGUGUCGUGUCUGUACUGUGUCACAGAGCGCCCUCGUGAUCUCACAGCAGACUGGGACUGAUCGUACAAACAUUCCUUUGUGUGACAGAUUUGUCUCUCUGCAUUCAUCUGCGGCGUGAUUCACUUUGUCUUGAGCAGAGAAUCUGCUACCGUCUACGCGACACAAAUAACUAAGAAACC